AUGUCUUCGACUCCGGCUUCCGCCUCCUCCUCUCGCUCCGGCAAGUCGCGGACACCGCACGAGGACGUGCUUGUCCUGCCGAUUCACGACGAUCUAAAGCAGCUGGAAGACCGAGACUCGCUGCUGGUCGACACCCACACUCACGUCCUCUCGACUUGGCUUGCCUACAAGGAAAAGUACCCCGCGGGCAAGCACGACUCGAUCCGCGCCUUCGUCGAAUCCACUCUGCAGGCCGACUUGUCGAAUCGCAUCUCGAAAGUUGUCGAUGUGUGGUGCGAGGCGCCGCCCGUCGCCAACUGGCACGAAAUCGUCGAGGACCUGUCCGCCUUGGACAACUUGGGUUACCACUUCGUGAUCGGCGCGCAUCCGGACGUCGCCCAGCAUUACACGGACGAGAUGGAGCGGACCUUCGUCGAGGCGCACAAGCAUCCUCGAUGCGUCGGAUGGGGCGAGAUUGGCCUCGACUACUACAAUCAGCCGGCGAGCGAGGUGCAGAAGGAGGUCCUUCGGCGGCAAUUGCGGCUAGCGGUGCAGUCUGGGCAGGACAAGGCGAUCACGAUUCACACGAGAAAGGCGGAUACCGAUAUCCUGCCUAUCCUGAAAGAAGAGGUGCCAAAGGGAGAGCGUCUGCACAUUCAUUGCUUCACCGAUGCACCCGAACUCGCCGACGCUCUCCUCGAACACUUCCCAAACCUCUUCAUCGGCAUCACCGGCGUCAUCUCCUACGCUUCGAACGUCAAUAGCGCCGAAGUAGUCCUACGCCUCGGCAAGAGCUGUUCGCCCGACUCUCCCGCCGGCCUCCGCAUCCUCCUCGAGACGGACGCACCUUACCUCGCUCCCGCCAAUCUCCCUUCGAAGCAGAUCGGCAUGACAUCCAAGCAGCGCUAUCCCUUCUGUCAUGGCGGCGUCCUCCCUUGGACAGCAGAAUUUGUCGCCAAGGUUCUGAACGAGAGCAAGGCUGAUGGGGAGAGGAUGUGGACGACCGUGGACGUAUUGCGGCAAGCUAGGGAGAAUGCGAAGAAGUGCUACGGGAUAUAG